CUUCUGUUUUCCCCACAGUUUGUGGCCCAUCCAAACUGUCAGCAACAGCUGUUGACCAUCUGGUAUGAAAACCUCUCAGGACUACGGGAACAGGCCAUUGCGAUCAAGUGUCUAGUUGUGCUGGUGGUAGCACUGGCUCCAUUUCUUGCCGUUGGGUACUGGAUUGCACCAUGUAGCAGGCUUGGAAAAGUUCUCAGAAGUCCAUUUAUGAAGUUUGUGGCACAUGCAGCCUCCUUCAUUAUUUUCUUGGGUCUGCUGGUGUUCAACGCUUCAGACAGAUUUGAAGGGGUCACAGUAUUACCCAACGUGACAGUUACUGAUUACCCUAAACAGAUUUUUAGGGUUAAGACCACUCAGUUCAGUUGGACAGAGAUGCUGAUCAUGGUAUGGGUGCUUGGCAUGAUGUGGUCCGAGUGCAAGGAGCUCUGGACAGAAGGACCCCGGGAAUAUAUUUUGCAGCUGUGGAACGUUCUGGAUUUUGGGAUGUUGUCUAUUUUCAUUGCCGCUUUCACAGCAAGGCUGCUGGCCUUUCUGCAGGCGACAAAAGCACAGCAGUAUGUGGACAACUUCAUUCAAGAGCCUGACCUCUCUGAAGUCACACUUCCACCAAACAUAGAAUAUUUCACUUACGCUCGAGAUAAAUGGCUUCCAUCUGAUCCGCAGAUCAUAUCAGAAGGUCUUUAUGCAAUAGCUGUUGUGCUUAGCUUCUCUCGGAUAGCUUAUAUCCUGCCUGCGAAUGAGAGUUUUGGCCCAUUGCAGAUUUCCCUUGGAAGGACCGUAAAAGACAUUUUCAAGUUUAUGGUCCUUUUUAUUAUGGUAUUCCUUGCCUUUAUGAUUGGGAUGUUCAUAUUGUACUCCUAUUACCUUGGAGCCAAAGUAAACGCAGCAUUUACGACAGUUGAAGAAAGCUUUAAGACCUUAUUUUGGUCAAUUUUUGGCUUAUCGGAGGUCACGUCAGUUGUCCUCAAAUAUGACCACAAAUUCAUUGAGAAUAUUGGCUACGUGUUGUAUGGAAUAUACAACGUAACAAUGGUUGUGGUUUUACUCAACAUGCUGAUUGCCAUGAUCAACAGCUCCUAUCAAGAAAUUGAGGAUGACAGUGAUGUGGAGUGGAAAUUUGCUCGCUCUAAGCUCUGGUUAUCAUACUUUGAUGAUGGGAAAACCCUGCCGCCUCCAUUCAGUCUUGUCCCAAGCCCCAAGUCUUUUGUUUAUUUCUUUAUAAGGAUCAUUAAGUUAUUUAAGUGCAGGCGGAAAAGACUACAGAAGGAUAUGGAACUGGGAAUAGGCAACUCAAAAUCCAGGGUAAGUGCAAACAGACUCACUCUGUUUCAUGGAACAUUAUUUUUUAAGCUUUUGCUAUUUCUUGAACUCUAAGUAAUGGUUUGCACUGAUGAAGUAUGCAUUGCUGAUCACAUUGUAGGGUCUUUUCCAUGGCACUCCAGAUGUUGUUGGACUACAGCUCCCAUCAUGCUUGAUAAUUAGCCAUGCUGACUGGGGCUGAUGGGCAUUGGAGUAUAGUAACAUCCAGAGGGCCAUAGGUUCCCAUCUCUGGUCUUCUACAUAGUAGGGAAAGAACCAAAAUAUGGAGUAAUGAAAAUAACCAAAGUAUGUCUGCAUCCAAUCUCACAUAGAGACAUAAAUGCCCCAUGUGAGGGAGAUGGCUGGUGAGAGCUGAAUUGUAAGCUAUAUCAUGGAAAACUGAUUGUACCCCACAAGAAAACAGAUGUAUAUGGGGCAUUGCAAACAAAUAAGGCCUUUUCCCUUUCCAGCAAGCCCCUUUUGUCAUGCAAUCCCUGUGGCAUUAUUGGGUGAGUUAGCAGAAUCAGACCUUGUUAUUGCGAGUGUGUUAUGGGGGGGGGGGCUAUUGGAAGCAUCCUCUCUCAUUCAGUUCCAUCAUACCUUUUCUUUCCAGGGUUAAUUUCUGGCAAAACCAGAUUCCCAGUCUCUGGAAUAGUUUAUAGGGAUGCAUGUGUAUCAGAGUUGGCCCGCCUUGGGCAGUGAAAUUCUGCCAGGUGGCACCCCUUCUAGUGCACUGUCCCUGCUGCCACAUGACCCUGGUAUGCGAGGCUUUGGCAGAGGGGCAGUGGCAGAAACUUCGGUUUCAGUUUUGUCAGUAUUCCUUGCACUGUUGUUUAUUUUAAUACGAUGCUAAUCUUAAAUUAUGUAGGUGGCGCUGUGGGUUAAACCACAGAGCCUAGGACUUGCCAAUCAGA